CCUACUAACGCAUUUACUCGCCGUCAUAUUCUUGGUCGUUGGUGUCGGGGACGCUCCACCUUCAGACGUUUUUCCCUUCAUUUACUCGCGAGCUAUGGCGUUUAAUAUCUUCUCUUCCUACACAAACUAUUCAUAUUCAAUUCCUCCACUCCUCCAUAUUUUGAUCGAUCUUUCCAUGUGUUUCACUACAAAUUGGAAGUUUUUGUUGGUAACGGCUGAUGAUGUUGUUUCAUCUUCUCGCAUCUAAUUCGCAUCUAAUGCACAGACCUCUACUUCUUCCUUAAAUCUUCAUAUGAAUUCUGCUUUCGUUCCUUUCGCUGACCUCAAACUUGGUCGACUUGAUCAACAAAUUGUUGGUAGGAUCCUCCGUUACUGGCCAGCGCGAAACGUCAAAAAAGGUGGACAACUUAUGGGUGUUGAUUUCCUACUCAUUGACGAAAAGUCUACUGUCAUGCAAGGUUCCAUCUACAUCACCCACCUUCACAAAUUCGAAGAUGCUCUGCGUGAUGGGGCAAUUUACACAAUCUCUGCGUUUGACGUCACCAGAAGCAACACUCGUUUAAAGCUGUCGGACUUCCACUUUUCCAUAUGCUUCACAGCAGCCACUCUAUUUGUGGAAGCAGAAGAGUCCUUGUGUCUUAUUCCUAAAGAGUUUUUCCGCAUAAAGACACAUGAAGAGUUGCUAAGGCUUGCGAACACCAAUAUGGAGCUGCCAGAUGUUAUGGGCGAAAUUGUAUCCACCAAAGUGUAUCGUAAUGGGAUGUCAGAAACUUUGGAAAGGAUGUUAGUCCACAUGCGUCUUGCAAGUGGGGAGAAGGUCCGUUUAAGUGCAUUUGAUGAUCAUGCAACCUCACUUGACAAGUUCUUUAGCAAGAAAGAGGAGGGAACUUUCAUUCUAUUAGCGACCAAUAUAAACCCAAAGAUUUUCGGAGGUGAACUUUAUCUUAAUGCCACAUCUGGGACUAAGUUUUAUGGUGAUGGAGACUGCACAACAACACAACAGUUUGCUGAAAGGUUGAAGGGGAGAGAUAAAGAUGGGACCAAUUCGAUCGCACCAUAUCAUGGAGUAGAGAAGAUUGAACAUGUAUCCAUCGAAGAACUCAAUCAGUUUCUCGCCACUGCAAAUCCAGAGGAAGCUGAAUUUUUAUGCACGGCGACAGUGACGGACAUACAAAGUCAGCAUGGGUGGAGUUUCAUUUCCUGUGGAGAGUGUGGGACGAAAAUGGUCAAGAAGGAGGCGUCCUUAGCAUGCAAUAACUACAAGUGCGGUUCAACAUCUGCAAUCGGAGAUGUCAAAUACCGUGUUGAGUUGGUCGUUAACGACGGGAUGUCAAACGGCGUUUUUGUCGCUUUUGAUAAAGAUAUGGUCAAGUUAACCAACAUACAAGCAACAACACUGACUUCGCAGAUGGUCGACACCCAUCAAAACUCUGAGUCUGACCCACAUGCACACAUUCUUCUCUGGCUAGAAGGUACAAGCAAAAACCCAGAACCAGCUGUCAUAGACAAAUUCAUAUCGGCUGAACUACCAGAUCAGGAAGAAGAUCCGGAAGGAUUUCAACUGGUAGAACAACAUAUGAUGCAUGGACCCUGUGGUCUAGAUAGACCGUACUCACCAUGCAUGGAAAAUGGUGUCUGUAGUAAAAAGUUUCCACGAAAAUUUGUGGAGAACACAACCAUUGACAAAUCUGGUUAUGUUGUCUACCGACGACACAACGAUGAGUCCAAAUCUGUUUUGAAAGGUGGAACAAGAUUAGAUAAUCAACAUGUAGUACCACACAACCUACCUUUGCUGAAAAAGUAUAAGGGACAUAUCAAUGUCGAAUGGUGUUGCAAGACAAGCGCAGUAAAAUAUCUUUUCAAGUAUAUUACAAAAGGUGUGGACAAAGCUACGUUUGUGAUUGUGAGACCCAGAAAAGGGAAAGAAAAACAAGGGUCGAGUAAAGAAGAACCUCAGGCUGUAGAUGAAAUAAGUGAGUACCUUGAUUGCCGCUAUGUGUCUGCAUGCGAAGCAGUGUGGAGAAUAUUUGCUUUCCACAUCCAUUAUCACAAGCCAGCUGUGAUACGACUGCAGAUACAUCUUCAAGAUCAACAUAGACUGCUUUUUGACCAGAGGCAACGUUUACAGAGCAUUCUUACAAGAGAUGAUGUAGAGAAGACAAUGCUCACUGAGUGGAUGGCAAAUAACAAAAGAGAGAAAGAGUCACCUAGCAAAGCACACAGGUCAGAAAAGAAGGCAUUUGAGCUUACAUAUGUGGAAUUUCCAAAAUAUUAUGUGUGGAACACUACUAAGACCUGGAGUAGGAGGAAACAAGGUCUCGCAAUUGGUAGGAUAGUCCAUAUCCACCCCUCAGCAGGAGAUUUGUUUUAUUUCAGAGUAUUAUUGAAUAUUGUCAAAGGUCCUACAUGUUUUGACGACAUUAAGACAGUGGCUGGAGUUAUAUAUGCAACAUAUAAAGAAGCAUGCUAUGUUAGAGGACUACUGGACGACGACAAAGAGUGGCACGAUGUACUAAAAGAGGCGUCUUUUUGGGCAACAGCGUACCAAUUACGCUAUUUGUUUGUUACCCUACUGAUCUAUUGUGAAGUAGCUAAGCCAAGAGAACUAUGGGACAAAAACUGGAGAUACCUAGCAGAAGAUGUGCAGCAUAACAAAAGAAAGGUCUUUAAUUUCUCAGGUUUGGAACUCAAAGACAUUGAGAUGGAGCAAUAUGCUUUGAUUGAAAUCGAGUAGUUACUAAUAGAGAAUGAAAAAUGCCUCUCGAAUUUCGAAGGCAUGCCAUUGCCUAACAAGGUUAUUUUGAAAAAAAUGAAACAAAGCUGCAUCACAGAAGACUUGCAA